CCCAUGGAGGCUCUGGGGAUUUCCUUCUCCGGUUUCCUUUGCGGAGGACAAAGCAGAGACCGGCUAAUUAUACGAGCCUCAAACAAGUUGGGGCAAUGUUUACAUCUCCUCUGCGGCAUUAUACGUUGCUGCUAGUAGUAUGCUGCGCGAGCACGUUAUGUUCUGCGGCCAUUAAUCUGGGCUUCUGCAGUAACAAAGACCUCGAGUGUAAGUGUGGAACUCCAGGUUAUGCGUUACGGGUCCCUGUCAGAAGGUGCAGUACUGUUCGAGGAUGGCGGCACCAGUGUGAGCCGUGCGAUGGGCGUAAGGAGUCUGACGUGUGCGGAAACUUGAGGCACUGCCAGGAGUGCAAGACAGAUGCUUCCGGUUGCACAGCAUGUCCUCCAGGAGCCUAUGGUGCAUGGUGCACCGAAAGAUGUCAUUGCCAGAAUGGAGGUAGUUGUGACAGUGUAACUGGUACGUGUGUAUGUCCGGACGGCUUUUCGGGACACAAGUGCGAAGAUCGUGUAGGCUGUGAUCCCUUGAGCAUUCCCCCCAACACGCAAGCUACGAUGGACAACCUCGACAGGCCGACAGUGAUCUAUUACAAGUGCGAAGAGGGAUUCCAUCUGAUUGGCGCGAAUACCUUAAACUGCAUGGAGAAUGGCCAUUGGAGCGACGCCGCCCCGAAGUGUGUGAGAGUGUCCUUCUGUGCUGACUUGGCGAGGGUACCACGAGCAAGAGUUCACACGCAACGACGGAGUAACACCAAGAGCCCUUUUCACAGUAACGGCACGAUACUGACGUACACGUGCGAUCCGCAGUACGAGAUCUUAGGCUCCGACGCUCUUUACUGCAGAGAUGACGGUACAUGGUCCGACCCGGUACCUGUUUGUCUCAAAGUUUCGGAUGAACGAAUCACGUGUCAAACAAGGGCGGAUGACAUAUUGGACUCGCAAUCUAUUCCAGUCAGGGGCUACUGUCCUCCUGGCUGCGGCCUUACACAAGGCACUGUCAUCGGCACCGUUGUGUACCACCACUUAUCAUCGGUGUGCCGUGCCGCUGUGCACGCGGGCAAAAUAAACAACGCAGGCGGACCCAUCUACGUGGUGAGGUCUGGGUUGUUCACCGACUUCGCGGGUUCCAUGGCCAAUGGUGUGUCCACUUCUGCGUUUCCUCACAUUGCAGAAAGUUUUAAGUUUGAUGAAGACCGUGCUCCGAGGGUCGAACAAGGUUGCCAGACAAGGUGGUCAGCAUUGGGUCAACAGUGCAUCCUAGUGACUGGAAAGAGAGCGACAUGGCACCAUGCGAAAAAUUACUGCCGCAAUUCUGGAGCGAGGCUUCUUGAAUACCGCGAAGACACACUCGAGAAAGAAGUUACACCCUUCUUGAAGGAAAAAGGUGUGGGUGAGGCGUGGCUAGAGGACUCCCAUCACCUUCUCAGGCGCAGACGUCGUCGGGACCACACGGACCUGGAGGAAGACUGCUUCGUGCUCAAUCCUGGCAGCGCAAAGGAACCUAUUCGGUGGACAACAUGCGAUCGGAGUUACCUCGUCGUGUGUGCGGCCAACAUGGGACAUGCCUUUGCCGAAUGUCUCGAUCCUGGCCCAAUUCGCAACGGCACGGCCGAGGUGGAAAACAUGGUGCAGCCAGGAAGGUUUCUGGAAGGAACUAUGAUACACUACAGUUGCGCGGAGCUUUUCUUCCUGAGCGGGCCAUCGGAUAUUACGUGCCUCAGCGACGGUACCUGGAGCUUGACGAAACCGCAGUGCUUAAAACUGACUACGUGCGAAGAACCAAAUAUUCCUCCGUACGGAACUGUGGCGUAUAGUGAAGAAGGCACCGGAGGCACUGUCGUUCACGGGCGCCUCGCAGAAAAGAUUACUCCCCUUCGAAGAACAACCCCGUCCCCACAAUCACAAGUGAAGCUGCCGGAAGGACACCUUCGCGUGGGCACCAAAGCCAGCUAUUCAUGUAUCAGCCGCUUCUAUUCCCUGGCUGGAUCCCAGGUACGACGCUGCAUGCCAGACAGUACGUGGAGCGGAAGGUUGGCCACCUGCAUUCCAGUGUGCGGUCGCUCAGACUCCCCUCGCUCUCCGUUCAUCGUGAACGGCAACGUUAGCGAAGUGGGCCAAUGGCCCUGGCAGGCAGCCAUUUACCUGAAGCGUUCACUAGAAGACGACUGGGAGCUGAGCUGCGGGGGAAGUCUCAUAUCGGAACACUGGGUCCUCACGGCGGCACACUGCGUCACUAAGGGCCGUGACGGAAGCACGUUUACGGCAGAAGGUCUCAAGGUGCACUUCGGGAAGUACUACAGAGACGACAAAAAAGAUGAUUCCAUGGUGCAAAUCAGAAAGCCGCAAGAGAUCCACGUGCACAGCGACUACGACGGCGUCAAGUUCGACUCCGACAUCGCUCUCAUCCUUCUUGACGAGCCAGUCGAGCUCACCAGCCGCGUCCAACCAGUAUGCCUCCCCACCGAGCGCACUACGAACGAAAACCUCGUGGAUGGACACCUGGGCGUGGUUACUGGAUGGGGAGUAACCGAGACCAAGGACUACGCGGACGUCCUGAAGCAAGCCGUCGUGCCCGUCGUGUCGGCCAAGCAGUGCCAGCAGGCUUACGAAGAAGCCCAGUUUGCUCUGACCGUUACGGAGAACAUGAUAUGUGCGGGUUACGUGAAGGGCGAGAUAGACGCCUGCGGAGGGGACAGUGGGGGACCGCUGGUGUUCCUCGACAAGUCUAUCACGGACAAGAGAAUAUGGGUGCUGGAGGGCAUCGUCAGCUGGGGAGGACCUCGGGCGUGUGGCACUGCGAAACACUACGGUGGUUACACCAAAGUGCAGCAGUUUAUGGACUGGAUUAACCAAUUUCUUUGAUGACUCUCUCGGCAUUUGGGUGUUAAAAGUGACUAACUUGUAAUGUUCAGGUAGAACCGAGCCUUGGCGAUUUCAUUUUCCACGUAAUUUAAGCGCGGACCAUAGGAGUGUCUUAGCAUGUAUCGGUUCACAUACGAUAGAGUACAAGACGAGCGUAAGACAUUCCCUCUCACACGUCAUUGGAGACGUCGACACACACGUGACCAUAAGAAUAGCACGUGACAAGUACGUGACCGUUUAUAUA